UUGCAAUUUGCACCUUCAGAAAUCCCAAAUUCACUUGCAGAACAACAAAAUCGGUUUGUUAAAACCCCAGAUUCACUUACAGAGCAACAACCCUCUUCCAUGUUAUAUUGGGGCAGUUGCCCCUAUUUCUUACAUCAUCAUUAUGAAGAAGAUUAAAAUUCUGGGUCGUCUUCUGCUUCGAUUAGCUCACAGGAAAAUUCAAAACAAAAGAGGAAAAUCCAAACCCCUAAAUUCACAAAAUGUAGCAGAAGACAUUUGGUUUGAGAUAUUUCUUCACCUUCCUUUUGAAUCAGUCUUCAAAUUCAGAUGCGUUUCAAAGGUAUGGUUUUCAGUUCUUUCAAAUCCUAAUUUUAUGAAAAAGUGGUAUAAACUCAACAAUUUGUCACUCCCAUGGGCAUUAGUUCAUCAUGCUGAAGAUCGUUCCAAACAAAAUAACAAAUUGAGAAGAAUGUUUACGAUUGCGUAUCCUGAUUCAUAUUCUAAAUUUAUAUCUCCUCAUCGGAAUGGACUCUCAUUUAGCUUUCUAACUCCAAGUAAUGACAAUGAAAUUCUGGAUUUGUACCUAUUAGGUUCAAGUAAUGGUUUGGUUCUUUGCACGGUGAACUUAACUAGAUGUACUCAUAUUCAGACUUACUAUGUUUGUAAUCCACUAAUGAAGAAAUGGGUUUUGCUUCCUCCUCCGCCGGAGAAAUCUAGGUGGGUUGUGCAUGGUUUCAUAUGUAAUGAUGAAUGUAUGUCAGAAUCCCUCGUUCCGACGAACUAUAAGGUUGUUCGCAUACCGGGGUUUAGGUCUGGUAAAGCCAACAAAUUUGUAGUUGAAAUCUUUUCUUCUGAUGUGGGUGAAUGGAAUGCAUAUGAAGUUUCAUGUCCUGAAGAUGUUACUUGGGGAUUUACCUAUUACAGUGAUCUUGUUAUCCAUAAUAGCGUAAUGUAUCUGGUCGAGAAGCAAGACAGGGUUGUAGCUUACAAUCUGAAUCAAAACACCAGUGGUGAAGCUCAAUGUACAUUGAUCAAACUGCCUGGCGUGGAGUCAGCGCAAAAUGAACUAAAUCUCGACCCUAAUGAUUACUACAGUAGACAUUGUCUUGGGUUGUCAGAAGGGAUGAUCUGUUAUGGUGCAAUUAAUAGGAUGGAUAUGACAUUGAGUGUCUGGGUUCUCGAGGAGGAAUGGCGUUUGACACAUAAGGAUACCAUAUUUCAGAACAUAUCAGGAGAUCUGUUGUUUGGUAUAGCAUUUGACUCUCGUUCCGUUAGAGAUAAUUUCAUUAGAAACAUCCAGGUAAUAGGUUUUAACCCAGUCGAUAAAAACAUGGUUAUGCUCGGUUGCGGGAAUUUCAUUUGGUCUUACAACAUCAGAACUAGAGGAUACAAAAACCUCUAUAAUCCUUCUUUCCUGUCUACCGCUCGGUCGCCUAAUCUUCCGCAUCAGCGUAUUUCUUUAGCUUUUGUCUUUAACCCAAGACCAACAGUACUUCCACCAGCCUCUUGGGUAGACACUUCUAUUGAUACUGGAUGUAUAAAUAUAUCUAACAGAGAAUAGAAAGUUGAAGAUGGAGUAGGAUUUGUAUUACGAAUUCAUUCUUCACCUUUUGAGUUAUUGUUGUUACUCUUGAUUUACUUGUUCACAGUUAAAUGGUGGAUGUGAACUUAUGAUUUCUAUCAACUCUAAGUAAGUGGCCUGACUUGUCGCUUCGGUUGUUUCUUAUAUUUCAAUUGCACAUUACGGUGUUCGGAAAAGAGACUAUGUAGUUGAAGUAUUUGGAGCAAAGUAUGAGUUUCAUAUCAUCACCAGAGAUGGACCAAUAUUCAUUGGAUUUAUUCUGAUGGAUACUUCUACAUUCUGGGUUCGGAAUUUAGAAGUACUUUGGACUUCUUCUUUGGAUCUUUUCUUCUGAUCUGGAGAAUGCGCGCAACACCCAUGAAGUUUCAUGUCCUUGACCUUGAGAUGUCAUUAUUUUCUCUUGAGAUGUCCAACACCACCACCACCAGUUGGCUUCUCUGAUCUUGCUUUAGGUGAUGUUGUUUAAUAACGCUUGCGGACGAUGUCUUUUUGAGUCAGAAAGGUUGAUUUAUUUUUGUUACUGAAUUUACCUAGGACUGCAAGUGUUUGAUUGCUUCAGGAGAACUUGAAUUUGUUGUAAGAUUUUUCGCAGAAAUGAACUUUAAGUGUCGUCAUUGCUUUGUAAGAGUAUAUGUUCUUGUAUUGGCAAUUGGGAGGUGUUUCUUUGAGUCUGCGACGACUACUGAUAUGCCAGAAUAGGUUUGGUACCUUUAUUACA